AUGGAUGCCAAAGCAGCCUCUGCUUCACCACCAUCUUCCUCUUCAUCUCCUACUCAUGAAUUCUCCUUCACAAUCUCCCUCCACCAAAAUUCCUCCAUUCAUGACAGAGUACUUAACCAGUCUCCCCCUCAAUUUACCAGCUCUGCCAUUGAUCUUUCUCCUGCAGAUAACAUAUUUUUUCAUGGCCACUUGCUUCCUCUGCACCUCCUCUCCCAAUUCCCCAUCAUUUCGCCUCAGAAUUCCUCCACAAACUCCCUAGACAUCUUCACUCUCCCUAUCCGAGACCUCCUCAUAGAAGAAGAAGAGGAGACCACCUUGAACGAGACCAUCUCCUCAGACGACACAGAGAACAACUCCAAGUUGCAUGAAAAUCUCCACGACAAUACCAUCGAAGCACAAAGCCGGGUAAAACCCAAGUCAUUCUCCCUAUUCAGCCUCUCAAAAUGGCGAAAAGGGCGUCAGGCUGACAGAGAAAAAGAUGACCAAGAAUCAAGACAUGACAAGAAAAAGCUCAAAUUCGACCUAGUCAACCAAGUCCUCAAAAAAUACAUCAAAAUGGUAAAACCCUUAUUGUCAUUCAAAUCACCAGCUGAAUCAAGAAGAUCCUCCUCACCAAUCAUCAGCAAGAGAUUUCAGAACCAGCCACAUUCAUUUUCAGGGAGCACCAGCUCAAGAAAGGAGGAUCAGUUUCGCGUAAGGCGGCGCAGAAGAGACUUCUCUGCACCAGCCUCCAUGAGGACCUCUCCAGCCAACAGUGGACCUCUUACACCCAAUGGAGCAUUCUCUCCCACAAGUGACAGCACCAUGGAAGAAUUGCAGGCUGCUAUUCAAGCUGCAAUCACUCAUUGCAAAAACUCCAUAGCCAUGGAAGAGAAGGUCAAGUGGCAAAAUUAA